AUGGCGCCUCAGCGAAGGGGCACAGCCAAGUCACCCGAGGGCAGCGGGGCGGCGGAGCGGCGACGGCCUAGCAGCACCAAGAAGGACUGCACUCCACAGGAGGCCCCGAGAAUAGGGCUGAAGACUGCCGUGCUAGGGAUCUGUACCACACUUGCAGUGUUCCUGCUCUGGGGCCAAAUGGCCAGUGAUGAUGGGGCCAUCGAAGUCCUAGCUCGCCACAACGAGGUCCUGGAAGGCAGGUUCUUCGAGGUGUCCUGCUCUGAGGACUAUGAUGGCCACCGGAGGUUUGAAGGGUGCACCCCUAGGAAGUGUGGCCGUGGUGUCUCGGACAUGGUCAUCACCAGGGAGGAGGCGGCUCGGAUCCGCAGCAUUGCUGAGAAGGGCUUGGCUCUGGGAGGAUCAGAUGGCGGGGCCUCGAUCCUGGACCUGCACUCAGGGGCCCUCUCCGUGGGAAAGCACUUUGUGAACCUGUACAGAUACUUUGGGGAUAAAAUACAAACUGUCUUUUCAGAAGAGGACUUCCAGUUGUACCGGGAUGUGCGGCAGAGAGUGCAGCUGGCCAUCGCGGAAGCCUUCGGCAUCAGCGCGUCCUCACUGCACCUGACCAAGCCCACUUUCUUCUCUCGGAUCAACAGCACAGAGGCUCAGACGGCCCAUGACGAAUACUGGCACGCGCACGUCGACAAGGUGACCUACGGCUCUUUUGACUACACCUCGCUGCUCUACCUAUCUGACUACAUGGAGGACUUUGGUGGAGGACGGUUUGUGUUCAUGGAGGAACGAGCCAACAAGACUGUGGAGCCGAGAGCUGGCCGAGUCUCCUUCUUUACCUCGGGCUCUGAGAACCUGCACCAUGUGGAGAAGGUGCUCUGGGGCACACGCUAUGCCGUCACCAUCGCCUUCACCUGCAAUCCCGACCACAGCAUCACCGAUCCCACCCUCACGUAG